AUGACAUCUACAUUGUUAGCUUCUUGCAGAGAUCUCAGCUUCAACAGAUUGGAGGGAAAUGUUCCAGAUUUAGGUGGUCUAGCAAAGUUGGAGCUUGUGUUUUUGACAAGCAACUUGCUCACUGGGAGUAUUCCAGAGUGGAUCAAGAAUAAUAUAGUAUUCAAAAGCACUAUAUCUUCUUACAGUCUUGGGAGGCAGAUAUUUGAUGUAUAUAUCCAGGAAAAACUGGAAUUGAAAGAUUUUAAUAUUGAAAAUGAAGCACAAGGGCUUGAUAAAGCAGUCAUUAAGAAUUUUACAGUUGUUGUUACAAAUAAAGUUCUGAUGAUUCGGUUUCAUUGGGCUGGGAAAGGGACAACAGCUGCCCCAAACAGAGGGAUCUAUGGUCCACUUGUGUCAGCUAUCUCUGUGGAAUCUGAUUUUAGUCCCCCUGUUGAUAGCAAGAUUGUGGCAUUCUUUGGUGGAAGGGCUGUAUGGGAGGGAGGAUAUCAAGGGAAAAAGAUAAAUCAGCAUUCGAAAGUACACCAUGCAAAGCAACUGAAUCUGGAUUAUGAGCAAAUGACUUGUCUUGGGAUAAUGCAUGAUGAUUGGAGUGAUUUAGUUCUAAGAAUGGCGAUAAUUGAGCUUAUACAAAUAAAAGCUGCCACUAAUAACUUCAAUGCUGCAAAAAAGAUCAGGGAAGGUGGUUUUGGAUCAGUUUAUAAGGGUAUUCUAUUAGAUGGUACUACAAUUGCAGUUAAGCAACUUUCUUCAAAAUCAAAGCAAGGAAGUCGUGAAUUUGUGACUGAGAUAGGCAUGAUGGAAAACAAUAGCCUUGCUCGUGCCUUAUUUGGUCCUGCAAGUGGCCAAUUAAAAUUGGAUUGGCUUACAAGGCAAAAAAUAUGUGCUGGCAUAGCAAGGGGUUUGGCUUUCUUACAUGAGGAAUCAACAUUGAAAAUUGUUCAUAGAGACAUCAAAUCUACUAAUAUAUUACUUGAUGGUGACCUUAACCCUAAGAUCUCUAACUUCGGUUUGGCCAAGCUUUAUGAAGAGGAGAAUACCCACAUCAGCACCAGAAUUGCUAGAACCAUAAGCUAUAUGGCACCAGAAUAUGCAUUAUGGGGGAUUUUAACCUAUAAAGCAGAUGUUUACAGCUUUGGAGUUGUUGCAUUGGAAAUUAUUAUUGGGAAGAACAACAUGAAAUAUAGACCUAACGAGAACUGUGUGUGUCUUCUAAAUUGGGCCAUGGUUUUACAACAAAAUGGGAAUUUGAUGGAGUUGGUGGAUCCAGAAUUGGGGUCUGAGUUCAGUAAAGAAGAGGCAACUAUAAUUAUUAAAGUAGCUUUAUUAUGCAUUAAUCCAUCACCAGCACUUAGGCCCACCAUGACUGCCGUAGUGAGCAUGCUUGAAGGACGAACAGUCGUUCCAGAAUUGACCAUGGAAGCAAGUAUUUAUGCUAAUGAUGUGAGGUUUGAAUCCUUUAGAGGCCAAUGUCAGACCCUACGAGCAAGCUCAAGUGAUAGACAGAGCCUCCUUCAGUCAUCAAAUGCAACAUGGAUUGGCUCUUCUUCUACAUCUGCCCAUGAUUUCUAUUCGAUUAAUCUCGACUCUAGUAAUAUGAAGAGAAUGCUACCUAUCUCCAGCUAUGGUUAA